AUGCAGGUUUUUCUGGCGUCCCCGGGUGGACUAUCCCUGGAGGGCUUUGUGGCCGCCAUGCUCCCUACUUCUGCCAAAGAAACAGGAGCUGCAACGUCAGACAACCUGUGGCUGGAGCUACAACGCCAAGGGUCCAAGAACGUCCGACGACAAUCCCGGCGUCGGAGCCCAUCGCCCUCCGCUUCUCGCCUCACGGAAAGCAACAAUUUUCUCGCGGAAGAGACGGCAGGAACACCCGCAGCAAAAACACGUCGCCGGACAAAGACAAGAAAGAAGAGAACCUUCUCGCACGUACGGCGGCGGGGUGGCGGUGGUGGUAGCCAGAUUGUGUGGGGGGAUCGGGACGGUGGUGGCGGUGGCGGUGGUGCCGGGGUGGGGUGGUCGCUGAGCGAAGAGGAACGGAUAGGGAUAGUCACCGAUCUCGUGGAGUUGUUCCAGCAAGUCGACCACAACGGGGACCAGGUGAUGGAAUGGGAAGAGUUCACGGGAUUCGUUAUCGACCAGGUGUUGGCCCUCACGCGAGAGGCCCCGCGCGCAGACCGCCUAAAGGUCAGGUCUCUCGGCGCCCGCGACACUCCAUCGGUCUCAAGGUGGCGUAUCUGCAUGGUGCCGUCCCUCCCACAGCGAAAUAUCACCACUGCUGCUCUCUCGAAAUCAUGGGCUUUGUUCGGAGUCACGACCCUCAAGUCACUGCAUGCCAAUGAGAACGAUGUCAUCUUCUAA